GGCUUGGGUGAGGCUUGGUUCUUCGUUCGCUCUUCUUUGACUGUUCCCAAAAAGACUCCGUUCACCUCAAGCGACUAGCACAGCAGAAUAAGGAAAUAACACACGAAACCCUACUUCGUUUUACUGCUGCCGACUCGACAUGGCUCGCGUCCAUCUUUUUACAUCACAUCACUCGGCGCCUGGGGACCAUAAACACAACCAGCCCGACAAAGCGUUUGCUGCUCUAAGUGCUCAAGAGCAGUCCACCAUAGCCCACACGCAUAAAGAAGCCUCGGACGAACCACAUACUCUCGAUGUCACGGCAGUUGCUUCUCCCAGUACCACGGAUGAACAAGGCGAUGAAAAAUCAACUUCAAAAGAGCCAAUCAAGCUUUCUCAGUUGCCUACGUCGAGCGCCGCCCUGACAGCUGCCUUGCUACAAGAUGCAAGCAGUAUGGACGUUGUCGGCUCACUGGCAGCCGCUCUUUCGGGGAAACAAGGGGUAGAAAAGGAUGGUGACAAACCCGCUGAAAAAACCGAAUCAGACGCUAAACCUGUAGAAGAAGACAAAAAGGCGCCAACCGGAAAUGGAGAAAGCUCGGAACUGAUGGAGCAAGCUGCCGCAGCCACGGCAUUACAGCUGCUGGGUCUAUCGCAAACCGAAGGACAGAAAGGCAAAAGCACAUCACCAUCCGACGACAAUGAAAAAACAUCUAGCCCCGAAAGUACACCAAUGCAGGUGGACGACGAUAACACCGAUAGCAAUGAAGCAUCGAACGUUACAGACGCCAUGUUACUUGCCAGUUAUCCCGGAUUAUCAAGCAGUGAGGCGUUGGAACUCAGUAACAGCAGCAGUAAUCUGGAUAAUAUGAGUGACGAUGGCAGUGUCGGCAAACGUGGAAGCUGGACAAAAGAAGAAGAUGAAUUACUGUUGCAGGGCAUCAAGCGAUUCGGCUAUGGCAAAUGGAAGGAAAUAGCCAUGACGAUUCCGGGACGGAAGGGAAAACAACUGAAACAGCGUUGGGAUAAUUCACUUGCGGCAAAAUAUGUCGACCAAGGAAUGCUUCCAGCCAAAGCCAAGUCUGAGAUCUUGCCUGGUGAGGAAACGCAUCAUUCCACAACACUUCCGGAAGAUCAUCCGCAAUCGACUUCUGCGGAGUCAAAAACUUACAAGUUGCUGGAUACCGAGUGGAGUGAAUUAGCACAAAAGCUGACUGAACGGUUACGAACCUCGCAUCAUGAAGGCGCCGAGCAAUCGCUUAGUCUACUCAACGAUGUCGCUUCCCAAUUGGCUCGAUCUUCCCAAAGCCUUCCCUUCCCUGAUGCCACCGCUCUCGCCAUGUAUGCGCAACAAUUGCAAACUGGACACCAGGAAGCCCCAACGAAUCAGCCAUCAAUGCUGCUGCUGCAGCCGUGGCUGCUGUAGCAUCGUCAAAUAACAACGAUUCUCAUCUCGAAAAUGGCCAGCAUCUUGGUGAUUUGGAUCACCACCACCCUGGUUUGAAGCGAAAGCGUUCUGAUCCAUCCUUAGCUCAGAC